UUUCCCCACCUCUUCAGCUCCUGUUUUUGCAAAGAGCAGCCUGCAGCCGCAAGCAGAACAGAAACGAGCACGGGCUCACGCACUGGGCAUGGGUGACUUCCUGUGGGAGAUGACCUCUGCUCCACCGAGUUCACGUCCCCGGGGCGAUGCCCAUGGCGAUGGUGCUCUUGUGAACAGCGCGCUGGCCGCCAUAUGGCAAGCACUUAACCACUAUGCUUAUCGAGAUGCAGUGUUCCUGGCAGAAAGGCUAUAUGCAGAAGUACAUUCAGAAGAGGCGCUGUUUUUAUUGGCAACGUGUUACUAUCGCUCAGGAAAGGCAUAUAAGGCAUACAGGCUUCUGAAGGGACACAGCUGUACCACCCCACAAUGUAAAUAUUUGCUUGCAAAGUGUUGCGUGGACCUCAGCAAGCUUGCAGAAGGAGAACAGAUCUUAUCUGGUGGAGUGCUAAAUAAACAGAAAAGCCACGAAGACAUUGUUACAGAGUUUGGUGAUUCUUCAUGCUUUACUCUCUCACUACUGGGACAUAUAUACUGCAAGACAGACAGGCUUGCCAAAGGAUCAGAAUGUUACCAAAAGAGCCUUAGUUUAAAUCCUUUCCUCUGGUCCCCCUUUGAAUCACUAUGUGAAAUUGGUGAAAAACCAGACCCUGACCAGACAUUUAAAUUAACAUCUUUACAGAACUUCAGCAGCUGCCUGCCCAACACUUGCACAACAUUGGUGUCUAACCACAACAUAUCCCACAGACAGCCUGACACUGUCCUUAUGGAGACGCCACAAGACACAAUUGAAUUAAACAGACUCAACCUGGAAUCCUCCAAUUCAAAAUACUCUUCCUUGAACACAGAUUCCUCUAUGUCUUACAUUGACUCAGCUGUAAUUUCACCAGAUGCCGUCCCUCUUGGAUCAGGAACUGCCAUAUUGUCUAAACAGGCUCAAAAUAAACCAAAAACUGGUCGGAGCUUACUGGGAGGACCAGCAGCUUUGAGCCCCCUGACACCAAGUUUUGGAAUUUUGCCGUUAGAAACUCCAAGUCCCGGAGAUGGAUCAUAUUUACAAAACUACACUAAUUCAUCUUCUGUAAUUGAUGUGCCAUCUACAGGAGCACCUUCGAAAAAGAAAUUCUGUAUUAUGCAGUCUGUCACCAGGAUAAGCCAAAGUGGGACAAAGUCUGUGUUCUCACAGAGUGGAAAUAGCCGAGAAGUCACUCCAAUCCUUGUUGCACAAACGCAAAGUUCUGGCCCACAGACAAGUACAACACCUCAGGUAUUGAGCCCAACUAUUGCUGCUCCACCUAAUGCACUGCCUAGAAGAAGUUCUCGCCUAUUUACUAGUGAUAGUUCUACAACAAAGGAAAACAGUAAAAAAUUAAAAAUGAAGUUCCCACCUAAAAUUCCAAACAGAAAGACAAAAAGUAAAACAAAUAAGGGAGGAAUAACUCAGCCAAACAUAAAUGACAGUCUAGAAAUUACCAAGCUAGACUCUUCUAUCAUUUCGGAAGGGAAAAUUUCCACCGUCACACCACAGAUCCAGGCUUUCACGCUACAGAAAGCAGCGGCAGAAGGUUUGAUGAGCCUUCUUCGUGAUAUGGGGAAAGGUUAUUUAGCCUUGUGUUCAUACAACUGUAAAGAAGCGAUAAAUAUAUUAAGCCAUUUACCUUCUCACCACUACAACACUGGCUGGGUGCUGUGCCAAAUUGGGAGAGCUUACUUUGAGCUUGCGGAGUAUAUGCAGGCCGAAAGGAUAUUCUCAGAAGUAAGGAGGAUUGAAAACUACAGAGUAGAAGGCAUGGAGAUUUAUUCUACAACGCUGUGGCAUCUGCAGAAAGAUGUUGCUCUUUCUGUCCUUUCGAAGGAUUUAACAGACAUGGAUAAAAAUUCACCAGAGGCGUGGUGUGCUGCAGGAAACUGUUUCAGCUUGCAACGAGAACAUGACAUUGCAAUCAAGUUCUUCCAAAGAGCCAUUCAAGUUGAUCCAAACUAUGCUUAUGCCUAUACUCUGCUGGGGCAUGAGUUUGUGUUAACAGAAGAACUAGACAAAGCAUUAGCUUGUUUUAGAAAUGCAAUCAGAGUCAAUCCUAGACACUAUAAUGCAUGGUAUGGGCUAGGAAUGAUUUAUUACAAACAGGAAAAAUUCAGCCUAGCAGAAAUGCAUUUCCAGAAAGCACUUGAUAUCAAUCCUCAGAGCUCAGUCCUACUCUGUCACAUUGGAGUAGUCCAGCAUGCACUGAAAAAAUCUGAAAAGGCUUUGGAUACACUAAAUAAAGCUAUUAACAUUGACCCCAAGAAUCCACUAUGCAAAUUCCAUAGAGCCUCUGUAUUAUUUGCAAAUGAAAAAUAUAAGUCUGCUUUACAAGAACUUGAAGAACUGAAGCAGAUUGUUCCCAAAGAGUCACUUGUUUACUUCUUAAUAGGAAAGGUUUAUAAAAAAUUGGGUCAAACUCACUUGGCCCUGAUGAAUUUCUCAUGGGCAAUGGACUUAGAUCCCAAAGGAGCCAACAACCAGAUCAAAGAGGCUAUCGAUAAACGCUAUCUUCCAGAUGAUGAGGAACCAAUAACUCAAGAAGAGCAGAUCAGUGAAUGCUAUCCAUAUGAGUCAGUUGGCACAGAUGAAUCCCAAGAGAGCAGCAUGACAGAUGCAGAUGAUACACAACUACAUGCAGUUGAAAGUGAUGAAUUUUAACUUCCAAAAGCCAGUAUCUGAGCUUCAGUGUGUGACUGGUACUGUUGUGUUCUCCCCUUCCUUCAUAUACUGGGUCUUCACCUCACUGAGCCAGCAUUGUCAUUAUUCUUCACUGACACCAUGAGUGCACCACUCUGACUUCAACUGUACACAGAAUGAAUGGCAGUGCAAUAUUCAGCUGCUACUGAGUCUGACUAGUUGGCUCUUGUACAUUUAUGGAAAUGACAAUUUGAGGAGGAAAGACUAUUUGGACUCCCCUUUACUGGAAAACUAUCAUGGAGGAAAGACAUGUGUUUUGCUGUAAGGGAGCCAGUAGAUGUGGGGAUAGUACUAAUGAAGCAGUUUCUUGUUCUUUCUCCAGAAAUGUGUCUUAGUUUGGUUCUUUCUUGGUAAGCGGAGUGCUGAACUUCAUUUCCAAGUUCUUCAAGGACAGUGUUGAAAAGCGCAGGAUGGGACAUGUUAAAGACUUUUGCAUAUUGCAGUGUAACUUAAACACCAGGGAAUUUAAAUGACCUUAGAGUCAUCGUGUCUCCAGUGAACAAAAGUAACACACGUGCUCAGGACUUGGAGUAUGUCAGAAUAUAUAAAAUACCCAGUGUUCCUAGGGAAAGCAUAAAAUUGCUUUUAGCCAAUGGGCCAUGCUGCAGAAUUGCAAAUUUCAAAGAACGCUUUUCUGUUCUAACCAAGAGUUAAUUUAUUCAUCUACUUUCCAAAAUGUCAACUGUUGUCUACUUUAGAACUUGAGAGAAACAAGUCAGUAACAUGUUUCCGCCUCUUCACAUGCCCCUUGAUUCUGUCCUAACACUCAACAAAUAACAGUUCAACUUUAAGAGCAAAAUCAAGAGAGACCUGUAGAUAGAAUUGUAAUGUAGAAAGGAUAAACUAAUAAAUUACAGUGACUACUUUGUUGCUAAGUAGGUAAAGAAGCCAGAAAGACAGCGGAAGCCUUAAUACAAUCAGAACCUUACAGUAAGAUGUAUCAAAUAUUUGUCCAAGACAGUAUCCUUUUAAAACUAUUUUGUAAAAGUGUUGUUUGAGCAGAAUGCAAAAUGUGCAAUUAUCCUUUUUCUUUUUUAAGCCAUUCCUUAAGAUUCUUGGAGUACACUUUUCGCUCUAACUAUGUUAGUAGGAAUUUAACCCCCCAGAGGCUAUUUCUGUGAGAAGAAAGCUACACUGUGGUAAGGACUCUAAAGUGAUCUUUUUCUGUAGCAUUCUACAACAAAGAUUGGUGCCCUUUAUGCAGUGAUCAUAAAGAAAGUGUAUGAUACAAUGUAGCAGUUUUAAAGAGCAAAUUUAUGCACAAUAAAUUGGGAAUUAUUUGAAUUUCACAGCAGCAUACUUGUUGUGAUCAGUCUUAAAAUGUGUUCCUUAACUUUUUUUUUCUUUUUUUAAAAUGUAUAUUACUAGAGAGCCUUUAGUUACCAAUAGUAGAUCUUUAAUUUUUUUAAAUUUUUUUAAUGUCCUUGUCCUAGAGUGGUACAAAAUGUCCUAUCACACCUAUUGUUUGGUUGUGAGAUGUAUGGACACUAUUUUGUUUAUCAGAAAGAGAAAAUUUACAGACCCUGUACAAUAAAUAUCAUUCUCUAUGACUGAGUGGACAUGCAUUGAAAAAAAUAAACUAAACUCCCCUAAUGGUAAAGAAAAACGUGAGCUAUAAUAACGAAUGAAACUGUCAUGCUUCUGUCAUGCACUUCAAAUAUCUGUGUCUGGAAGUAGACAAAAUCCCCUUAUAAAUCAUGUAGGGGUUUCGGCUGAGUAAGGUAUACUACAUGCAAGACUUGUUUUAGUGAUGGAAAAGUAUUUCAGAAGGACUCUUCUCUUGUCUGAUGAUCCCUCCUUUAAGAAGACACCAGUGUAGAAAAUCCCCAAGGGCUAAUCUGCAUCUAUAGUAAAGUAUAUUCACAUGCUGUUCCUACAUAGCAUUCAUUAAGGUGCCUCUAUAGUUACCUUGUCUUCUCUCUUAGUCUUAAAGCAGCUCUGCUCCUUAAGGCUGGGAUCCACACUUACUUCGUAACUCAUCCUUGUGAAAACUAAGCAUCCAUUUGUCUGGAGGUGCAGUCUGUGCGCAAAAUAGCUACAGUGUGUAAUUGGUCACUUUUUUGGAUACUCUCAGAAGUUUACAUUUGCUAAACAAAAAGCAGAAAUCCUUUCCAAAGCCUAUCUACUGAUGAGCUGGAAAAUUCUGGUUGAAGCCAUUUAAAUCUGGUUGUUUUGAUUAACAGGACAUGGACAGUGUUUGAAACCCCAAACUUAAUUUGAUAAGCUUCCUUGUUUUGAAAAAAACAUAUGCUACUUGGAGAUUUUCCCUUAAACAAUGCCGUUUGCUUAACUGCAAGCUACAGAUGGGGAGGAGAAAGCAGAGGGAACACUUUGAAUUGAAUUUGGGGGAAGGGGUGUUUUUGUUUUUGUUCUUACAAUUUUGUUUCUUUAAAAAUUGCGUGAACUGUUGUACUAGAGUUCACUUUGUAAAAUACCCUGCAAAGGGCUCUUAACUCUGAGACAGGAUUUUAAAAGGAUGCUAUUUCUAAUUUGAACAUUAGUACUUAAAAUAUUAAAUUGUCCCCUUCUUUAUUUGUACUUCAUCACUUGAAAAAAAUAAAUUUAAGAUUUGCAAGUAACAUUUAAACCAUGCUGCUAUCAUCUAAACAUAUGUGAAAAAAUCAGUAUUUAAUCCAUAAAAAUAUGCUCUCUUGGAGGGGAGAGUAAGCAUGACGCACUCUGACAGCCAGAUUAGAGCAAACGUGUUCACUAAAAAAAUAGGGAAGUGUCUUUUUUUCUUAAUAUAAAAACAUGAAAAAGCAAAGCGUGGGUGUGGUGUGUACUAUUUUGCAUUGAAACAAUGUAAUUUUUGUCUUUUCCUUUUUUGCUUUUCCUGACUUUUUAUUUCAGAAAUUGUACAGUCUUAGAAAAAAGUCUUUUCUGUUAAUAUAUUUGCGAUUCAUUAAAGGAUGUGGAAAAUCCAAAUAAACUACUUUUAAAAGCAGUUUUAUAAGCAGGGGUGU